AUGGCCGUGGCCUGUGAGCGAUGGCUAGCGAGACGCCAGACGCUCUGCUUCUUGCGCAGACUUGUUGCUGCCACGGAUGAUUAUGCUCCUACGAGACGCAUCCCGAAUCGACGGAAACACUCGUUGAGAACCAGUGGAAUCGAUUUCCGCAGUCGCCACACCGCCGAUGCGAGCAAAGAGGACCGCCAAUGGACGAUGGGAAAGACGGACAAGGCAACUCGGGACGAAUCCAACGAAACUGCCUUGCGAAUCUCUCUCAAUUCGGGAGCACAGCUUUUCGAACCAUCCACACCACCAGGAGAGGCGAUUCGAGCCCUGMGCCGUCAAGCCGAUGUAGCCGCCGGGCAUGCAGUGGGCGAGCUUGCUGUCGAUCGACCCGAGAACCAAGGAAACCUCAAACUAUGGGCGGAGCUGCUGCAAURCCGACAGCGUGUGGAUGGUUUUGGGGGUGUGCUGGAUGUGUGGAGAGGGAUGAGGAGGCGGGACAUCGACCUUCCCAUCAAAGGCAACGAAGCAGACGUUUUGUGGACCACUUUCAUUCACGCGGGCAUACGUUGGCCGCUGGAUGACCGUCACGACCGCCUUUUACGCAAUGUUAUGGAUCAUGCCCGGGACCUCUACGCCCAGUCAGGUCUAUACAAUGGCUUGCACAGGUGUGUUGUCGGUCGCUGGAUACGAGUCAAUCCGCCCUCCGCACGGCACUGGCAUGAGAGACUCUGCAAAGAUUUUGACAACAUCCCUAUCCAAUGGAAUGCUUUGGUGCCAGACUUCGUCCACACGGCAUCCUACUAUGAAGCGCGGAUCGCUUUCAAAUUCAUGUACGUCCGCAGUCAGCAGCGAGGGCUGUAUGGCUUUUAUGUGCCUGCAUUGUUGAAGUACAAAGGCGACAAGGAGGCGUUGCGUUGGCAUCGACUUUUCUUGAAACAUGGCGACGGCCCUGACCGAGAGACUUAUGCCGAUCCUGCUGUACAGCGCUUGUUUGAAUUGGAUGGCGACGCAUCGCUUCCUAUGGUCCACAACCAGCGUGACCGGCCCGCCGUGGUGUCCACGGGGCCAUCUCCUGAUCAGGCAGGAUUCCCACCUUUGACUCGUGCUACCAUGUCUACAUUGGUCGGCGACGUUCACGGCAUUAAGCCGAAGGAAGUCAGCGAUAGCUUUGUCGCGAAGAUGUUUGCUACGCAUGCCUUUUCCCUCGAUCUGGUCAUCACAGGCCUUGGGUUCUUUGGCGUUGACAACCUUGGUGCGCUCGCGGUUCGUGAAAUGGCGCUGAAGGCUGGCAAUAGUGUAGUUCUCAGCAACAAGCUCAGCGAUCUCAAAGCUUGUGGCAUCGGAAUUGACCAGUCGAUAUAUGGACGUCUGAUGCAGAAAAUCACUUUGGAAGGAUCUGCUCAGCUUUAUGACGCCCUCCUCGCCAGCGAUCAACAUCCAGAGUCUUACGAGGACGCCACCACGCAGGAGCUGUUACUGGACACCUUCCUACAGAAUGAUGAUUGGACCAACGCGCAUCUCACUCUGAUGGCCUUGUCGCUAACAGGCCAUGUAGCCCACUCAAGGGCCUGGAAUAGAUUGCUACAGCAGUACAUAUUGAAGCGCGACUAUAGAUCUGUUGCUYGCACCGCGGAACAGAUGCAGGCUUCUGCAAUGGUCUUCAGCAAGAGAACACUUACGUUCCUUCAACGUUACAUACUUCCUGCGAGGCGUCGCGGCCUGGGCCCUUCACAACCUCGAUUCGAAGCACGCAUCCUCAACCCGUUACAAUUCACAACCAAUGCAUACAUUUUCACCGCCACCAAUGGAGGAUAUGUUAAGGCCGUCCUUUGGAAAGAGGUUCUGAAGCGAUACGGCAUGAUGCACAAGUGGAACGAGCUAGAACGCCUGGUCCUAUGGCUGGCUCACUGGUACUCUUCUCGCGCUUCUGCGUACUACGACACAAGGGAAAGGCGGUGGCGAGAACCUGCGGAAGACCUACAAUUCUUUUUCAACCGGCAAAUGCGCGAAGCCAUAGUCACAUGGGGCUUUAGGCACGCGAGCCAGGAUAGGCUGCUACGCCCUACGCCGGAAGGCGAGGUCACCCCGCCAUGCGAACCGUGGGCGAAAGGGCUGGCGCUUCUCCGCAAGCUUCGCGACUACGGCAUUUACACGAGACCGGAGACCGCCAAAAGGGCGUUUCUAUUGCGAAUGUGGAUCUUGUUUGGACCAGCAUACUCGACCAAAGCAGUGAACGUAGAGACAAAACGCCACAACCGUUUAACCCUGGCACACUACGUUCGACAUGCCAAUCACGUUUGGGAAGGAGAGCUGUUUCCUGAGCUGUCACAGACCCUCACGGACGAUGACCCAUCGAACCACCCGAAACUCGUCGUGGCUCUAUUCGGUCAACAACGUCAAGCCAGCCAGCAGCGUAUGGAGUACGCAGAUGUCCUUGCUUACGCUCGACUUCUCGCCAAUCGCCGCGUUCCUUACUUGCCAUCACGCCCCAAUGGGCUUGCGAGACGCAAGAUCUGGCAUUUCAGCCCCUUCCGACUCCCUUCGCAACGUACUCGCAGCCCACGGGUCUUGAGGAAUAGAACACCACCACCAUACCGCCGCACAACCGCUAGUCUUCAACAGCAUCAAUCGCCUUCUGCUCCGCCAUCGAGUUCGCAUCUGCCACCCAGUCUGCGAUAUACUCCGGCACCUGCUUGA